UUUGUGUGGUAAGGACAUAACCAACAUGGCACCUCCGUGUUAAUAAUUGCACGUGUUCGUAACCCGUCAAAACAGUAAAAAUGGGAAAGAAAUCAAAAGUUGGAAAGCAGCGAAAGGAUAAGUUCUACCACCUCGCCAAGGAGACAGGGUACAGGUCGAGAGCAUCUUUCAAGUUAAUCCAGCUAAACAGAAAGUUCGAAUUCCUGCAAAGAUCUCGAGUGUGCAUCGACUUGUGCGCGGCACCGGGAGGAUGGCUUCAAGUGGCCCAGCAGAAUAUGCCCGUCUCCAGCGUCAUAAUCGGCGUCGACUUGGAUCCCAUUCGCCCCCUCUCCAACGUCGUCACCUUUCAAGACGACAUCACAACCGCCAGUUGCCGAGCCAAACUCAGGAAAGAACUCAAGACCUGGAAGGCCGACAUCGUACUGAAUGACGGUGCCCCCAACGUUGGUAAAAGCUGGAUUCACGACGCUUAUCAGCAGAACGUCCUCACCCUUCACGCCGUAAGGAUCGCCACCGAAUUCCUGGCUAAAGGUGGUUACUUCGUGACUAAGGUCUUCAGAUCCAAGGACUACCAGGCGCUCGUUUGGGUCCUGAAGAAGCUGUUCAAGAAAAUUUUUACGACGAAACCUCAAGCCUCUCGACAUGAGUCUGCAGAGAUAUUUAUCGUCUGUCAGCAUUACAUUGCUCCGGACAAGAUCGACCCAAAGUUCCUCGAUCCCGCCUACGUCUUCGGCGAGAUCGAUAUCACGGAGAAGGCGAAGCUCAACCUCGCGCAACCGGAAGGGAAAAAGCCCAAAGCUGAGGGCUAUCCCGAGAAUGAUUAUACCUUGUAUCACACGGUGCCCGUAAUGGACUUUAUCAACUCCGAGAAUCAUGUCGAGCUUCUAGGGGAGUGUAACGAGAUUAUCAUCGAUGAUGAGGAGGUUCUCAAUCACCCUUUGACAACAAACGAAAUUAAGGAGUGUUGCAAAGAUGUAAAAGUUCUUGGGCGGGGAGACAUCAAGAGCUUGAUGACGUGGCGCAAGAAGCUCAGGGCCAUGUUCGACGAGAGAAAAAAGCAGGAAGGGGAAAGUGCGCAAGCCGAUGUUGAAGAGGUCGAGGAUGAAGAGGAUGAGGAGAUCAAGCUCCUGAAAGAAGCCGAUGAACUCACUGCCGAGCAGGCUAAAGAGGUGAAAAAGAAGAAGAAAAAAGUUCUGAAGCAGAGAAAGAAACUGAGAGACAGAAUGAAUCUGCAGAUGGUGCUGAAAAACGAUCAGCCUAUUGUUGAGGAGGACCUUGAACUGUUUAAGUUGAAGAAGAUCAAGAGCAAAAACCAGUUGAAAGAUGUCGAAGAAGACGAAGCACCCGUGUUGGACCCCGUUCAGCCACUGGUCGUUGAUGAAAGCCGAAACUUGAAGAGGUACGACAAAGAGGAGCUGAAUGAGGCACUGGAAGCUGAAGACGACGACGGCGUAGCGUCUGAAUACGACGGGUACAGCGAGGACGACAACGAGGAACUCGAGUUUGAAACCGAGGACGAAGAGCAGGUAGAAGAAGAAGACGACGACGAUGCGGGGGCUGUUUUAGAUGACCGAGUUGAGAACCCACGUCUCGUUGAUGCAGUAUACGGUAGCAAGAAGAAUCGUCACGAACAGCUUGGCAAGAUGUGGUUUGAGAGCGAGGUUUUCCAAGGUUCCGAUGACGACGAUGAGCUUCUCCAAUUGGAGGUACUCGCUGACAAGAAGAAACGGAAGGUCGAUGGCAAGCAAAACGGCAAACUCGAGGUCGUUAAGAGCAAAGAAGAUGCGGAAGACAGCGAUGACGACGAUCUCGAUGACAAUGUGACUGCAGAGAAAGGGGAGAGUACGGAUAGCGACAGCGAACGUGAUGAGGCAGUAUCAGCCCCAAAGCAAAAGCGGGUGAAGCUUGACCCCGAAGAGUUGGCGCUCGGCAGCAUGUUGAUCCGCUCGCAGAAAGCACGGCGGGACAUUGUCGACGACGGCUACAACCGCUACGCCUUCAACGACGACAACCUGCCGUCGUGGUUCGUCGAAGACGAACAGAAGCACAGCAAGAAAGAACUCCCGGUGACGAAGGAAAUGGUCGCGGAAUACAAGGCGCAGUUGAAGGCCCUCAACGCCCAGCCAAUCAAGAAGGUCGCAGAAGCGAAGGCGCGGAAGAAGCGGCGAGCAACGAGGAGGUUGGAACAAGCUCGGAAGAGGGCGGAGGGCAUCAUGGAUAAGUUGGACAUGACGGACGCCGAGAAAGCUCAGCAGGUCAAGGCGCUCUACAAGAAGGUGCUGAAGAAAAACGACGACAGGGGCGGGGUGACGUACGUCGUUGCGAAAAAAGGCACCGGCAGGAGGGUGAGGAGGCCUCGCGGUGUGAAAGGGCGCUUCAAGGUGGUUGACCCGAGGAUGAAGAAGGACAUGUUGAAGAAGAAGGCUGUUGCCUCAAAGAAGAAAAGAAAAUGAGAUGUGAAAAGGAAGGCUAGAAAUGUAAAUAGGGGUUGGGGGAAAAAAAAGUGUAUGAAAGCAAUGAAGGCAGUUUACAAAGUUGUU